AAGAGGGAGCGACGGAACCGUCACUGAAGAGGGAGAGUUUAUAAUCAUCCGGCGUGGGCCGCAAGGACCUGCCUGUCCCGCUUUGCAGCUUCAGGCCUUCGCACCCCACAACCCCCCGCCCCGGAAGAGUCCCAGUUUAACGGGCGCCAUCUUGUUUCAGCAGGGAAGCAAAGCGCAUGCGCAGCCAUUGUGGUGACGCAACGUGGAGCGGGUGGGGCUUCAGGGUCUCUGUUUCCCAACCGGGUCCUAGUGCCCAGAAAGCAUCGUUUUGAACAGCAACUUCACUUGAUGAUUGCAGCCUGGAGGAGUCCAUGGGCCAUGGAGAUAUUCAGUGUGAGAGGUUGCAGUCCAUGCUGAGUUUUUCCAGCAAUUUUUGUUUUUGUUCCAGAUUUCCAGCAUCUGCAAUAUUUUGCUUUUAGCUUUCCCUUUGCUUUGUUGGGACAUUGUUGCUUAUUUUGGCUUCUUACGAUCUGAUUGGGCCACAUACUUGGGAGAUUCUUUUGCAGGAUCUUAGGCGAGGGUUUACAGACGGGAAACUCAAACCAAACAUCAUGUCAAGAUCUGACAGAGUCUCUCGAUUCAUCAGGACCUGAAUAUCAUCGGCCUUUGAAUGAAGAAGGAGAAAUGUUUGCCUGUUCAGUCAGUGGAAAUAGAUGCCUGGAAAAGCACCGACAGACGCACACACCUGAGUGAGAGUGUUCCAGUGCACUGACUGUGGAAAGAGCUUUAAGCAGUUACACCGCCUGAAAAAAACAUUGCACCAUUCACAGCGGGGAGAAACCACACACCUGUUCGCGUGAGGGCGAGGCUUCAACAGUUCAUCCACCUGGAGAGACACAAGGACACCUGAACCAUGGAGAAACCGUGGAAAUGUGGAGACUGUGGGAAGGGAUUCAGAUCCCCAUCUGAUCUGGAAAUCCACUGGCGCAGUCACACUGGGGAGAGGCCAUUCAUCUGCUCAGAGUGUGGGAAGGGAUUCACUCAAUCAUCCGGCUUACAUAAACACCGGAGAAUUCACUCCGGGGAGAAACCGUUCACCUGCUCCGAGUGUGGGAAGGGAUUCACUCAGCUAACCCACCUCACUUCACACCAACUUGUUCACUCUGACAAUAAACCUUUUAAAUGUUCCGACUGUGGGAAGAGCUUUAAAAGCAAAAAGAUUCUGUUGACACACCAGCGCAUUCACACUGGGGAGAAACCAUUCACCUGCCCCGAGUGUGGGACGAGAUUCACCCAGCUAACCAGCCUCACCUCACACCAACGUGUUCACUCUGACAAGAAACCUUUUAAAUGUUCCGACUGUGCGAAGAGCUUUAAAGGCAAAAUGGAUCUGCUGACUCACCAGCGCACUCACACUGGAGAGAGACCAUUCACUUGCUCCGAGUGUGGGAAGGGAUUCACUCACCCGUUCCUUCGACUGAAACACCAGCGAGUUCACACUGGAGAGAGGCCUUUCAUCUGCUCCGAGUGUGGGAAGGGAUUCACUCAGUCGUCCCACCUGCUGACACACCAGCGAGUUCACACUGGGGAAAGGCCAUUCGCUUGUUCCACAUGUAGGAAGAGCUUCACUCGUUCAUCCAACCUGCUGAGACACCAGCAAGUUCACAAGUGACACUGCAGGCGUUGGAUUCUGCUGUUAUUGCUGCUGAUAGUCAAAUGGAGGACCGAAACAUUUUCAUUCUGACAGUUGGGAGUUUAUUUUGUUAAUGCUAAUAAAUCCUGUAACUGAGCUGGAAUUUAUUAUUCUGGAUAUAGGUUAAAU